GUUUCUUAUGGGGUCUAACCACUAACUGAGGUCUAAACCAGGACUAAAACAAGACUAAACCAGGAAGUACAGAUACAAGCUCUAAACAUUGGCAGAGACACCCUGGCUGAUAUAGUCAAACACUAUGAGGAGAAUGGGGCAAGACCACGUUUGAGGAAGAAGCACUCAUUGCCACGUCCACCAGCCAGGUUCAUCAGCCCUGAGGAUAUCAACAGAGUUGUGGACUUCAUAAAACACUAUGCAGAAGACAAUGCCAUCAUGCUGCCUGGCCGACAGCCUGGGCAUAAGGAUUGGCAUGUGAAGUUGCUGCCAACUCAUGUGUCCAAGGCCUCAGUGUGGCGUCUCUACGUGAAGUCUGCUAAGGAGCUUGGUGAGCGUGCAGUUUGUAAAACCAGCUUCAAAGCACUGUGGAACCGACUUCUCCCACACAUCAAAAGUUGCCGGCCACGCACAGAUCUCUGCUGGCAGUGCCAAAGCAAUAACGAGCAGCUGAUACGAAGUGCAAACCUCCCAGAUGAUAGAAAGUCUGAAGCAGUAAAGAAGCAACAAGAUCAUCUUUCCCUUGUGCAGAAAGAGAGGGCUGUGUACAACGACAUGACUGCUGCCUGCAGAAAGAUUUGCUCUGGCUCCAACCUGUCUUUUGGACCAUCCCUACCAGCAAGCAAGAAGAUUAGGAUGCAUUACAGUUUUGAUUUUGCUCAGCAGUUACACUUUCCCUCAAACCCUCUCCAGCCAGGACCAAUGUACUUCCUGACCCCACGGAAAUGUGGCCUAUUUGGUGUUUCAUGUGAAGGGCUGCAGAAACAGGUGAAUUACCUGAUUGAUGAAGGCAUGUCAUCUACUAAGGGAAGCAAUGAAGUCAUCAGCUACAUGCAUCAUUUCUUCGGCAACUUUGGAGUUGGAGAAACAGAGGUGGAUCUUCAUUGUGACAACUGCAGUGGGCAGAACAAGAACAACUUCAUGCUCUGGUACCUUGCCUGGCGGGUUGGACACAAGCUUCACGAUAAAAUUGAAAUCCACUUCCUUAUUGCUGGCCACACCAAGUUUUCCCCUGACUGUGGCUUUGGACUCAUCAAGCAAGCCUACAUGAAGACAAGAGUCAACACUUUGGCAGACAUCGCUGAGGUUGUGGAAAACAGCUCUCCUGUGAGUCACCUCAAUAUCCCACAGCUUGUUGGAACGGCAGAGGGCAAAGUUUUAGUCCAGACCUUCGACUGGCAGCAGCAUCUGACUCGCCACUUCCGUAGACUCCCACAGAUCAAGAGUUAUCAGCACUUCAGCUUUGAAGCCAAGAGACCAGGUGUGGUGCUUGCAAAAAGUCACCGUGAUGCACAACCUGUCGAAUAUCAGCUACUGCGCUGA